GCCGCGGGUUGGGGUCGCGAUCGGGAUGAAGGAGGCGGCGGGGCUGCGUCAGCGGCGGCCGCUCCGCCCGCAGGUCAUCACCGAGGACAGCCCGGCGCAGGACGCCAAGGAGGGCAGUACUUACAGCAGCAAGGUAUUCCGUGUUACCUUCCUGACUUUGGCAGUGUCUGUGGCUGUGCCACUGCUUGGAGUGACUCUUCUCCUGGAUUGUCCUAUUGACCCUCAGCCCAUAAGUUUGAAGGAACCUCCCCUCCUGGUUGGUGUUUUAGAGCCCAACACCAAGUUACGAAAAGCUGAACGGCUGUGGGAAAACCAGUUGGUUGGACCAGAGUCCAUUGUCAAUAUUGGGGAUGUUCUGUUUACUGGGACAGCUGAUGGGAAGAUAAUCAAAAUUGAAGAUGGGGAAAUACAAACAAUAGCCAGAAUUGGCCACGGUCCUUGUGGAGGCCCUGAAGAUGAGCCAACGUGUGGAAGACCACUUGGCAUGCGAGUUGGGCCAAACAACACCCUGUUUGUGGCAGAUGCUUAUUAUGGACUCCAUGAAGUUGAUCCUGAUACAGGUGAAACAAAGACGCUUGUGUCAACCAAGACAUCAAUGGAAGGCCAGAAGUUGUCAUUUGUAAAUGAUCUUACAGUGACCAGGGAUGGGAGGAAGAUCUACUUCACUGAUUCCAGCAGUAAAUGGAAAAGACAACACUACUUGUUCCUGGUUAUGGAAGGCACAGAUGAUGGGCGCCUCCUUGAAUAUGACACAGUGACAAAAGAAGUGAAAGUCUUAAUGGUGGGGCUGAGGUUUCCCAAUGGUGUACAGCUGUCUCCUGCAGAAGACUUUGUCCUGGUGCUGGAGACAACCAUGGCUAGAAUCAGAAGAUAUUAUGUGUCUGGGCUGAUGAAAGGUGGAGCAGAUAUGUUUGUUGAGAAUAUGCCUGGUCUUCCAGACAAUAUCAGGUUAAGCAGCUCUGGAGGAUAUUGGGUAGCUAUGGCAGCUGUGCGACCCAACCCUGGAUUUUCUUUGUUGGACUUCUUAUCUGAAAAAACAUGGAUUAAAAAGAUGAUAUUUAAGCAGGUACACAUCUCUUAAGUUGCCUUCCAUCUUGAUCUCAGGAAAGAAAAAGAGACUAUCUCUAACCAUUCAGCAAGACAGGAUCUACAUUUGGAUAUGUGAAGACUUCACCUGAAGUGCCUAAAUUGCUUAUUGCCAGGUGUCUGAAGAGCAUUUGGGAAGUGUGAGCUGUUCCCAAGACUGCCCUAGGCACCCUAGGAGACAGUGUGUAUGUUGUGGAUGGCGUUAGGUGACAUUUUGUUCUGGUUCACUAUGCUUGUUUUUGUGUCACCCUGCUUUGAUGAGCAAGGAUAAUGUGUUUUUCUAAGGCUAAAGAAAAAACAGCAUGGUGCUUUUUAAACAAUGCAAAGACUUGAAAAUACUUUUGUCCUUGAAAAAAUAAAAAUUAGCAAGCAUAGGAUUCCAUUCCAGCUGAGCAAGCUUUUUGCUGUCUAUGUCUCUCCUGGCGCAUUGUGGGAACACUGAGUGAUUCCGUGGGGAGCUUGGCAUCAGCUGCACAGAGCAAGCUGCUGUCUCUUUUGUGGGCAGCCUUUCAGCCUGCCUCUGAAGUAGAGUGAGCUUCUGCUGAUCCUUUUGUUUCUUCUCAAGUUGGCUUUUCAGAUAUU